AUGCACUUCGUUGCGAUGGGCUGAAUAGUGGGCGCAUAAACAAAAGCCAACGUGGGACGGUGACGUUAAUCGAGGAUGAACAAGCGAUCCAGUGCACCAGUCAAUUUCACGGCACGACAAGCAUCUCUGACGUGGUUCGAACGGUAGCGUUUAAAGGCGUCGAGAAGACCUCGGCAACCGUGUCCUGUAUUUGGUUACAGUGGAUUCCGGCAUUGCGUGUUAAAAACUGUUAAUCACUGCUAAUAACGAACGAUAUUUUAGUACUAUCAGUAUUGAAAGUGUAUAUCAGACGUAGCCUAUGAAACAUGAGUCGUAGAAGAGUACACGAAGAAGAUGAUGGCUACGAAAGAGUAUAUAAAAAGCGUAGGAGAGUGUCGGAGAAUCAAGAGAUUGAAGAUCGUCUUGAAUCUCUUAUUCUCCGUGUUGGAGAGAAAUCAACAUCAUCUUUGGAAAGUAACUUAGAAGGAUUGGCUUCUGUAUUAGAAGCUGAUCUGGGUUUAUUCCGUAGUAAGAUUCUUCGGAUUUUAACAGACUGUGCUAUUAAGAUGCCAGAGAAGUGCACAAUUUAUACCACUCUUGUUGGUUUGCUGAAUGCUAAAAAUUUUAAUUUUGGUGGGGAAUUUGUUGACUAUAUGGUAAAAAAUUUCAAAGAUUCACUGAAAGCAUGCAAAUGGGAUGUAGCUAGAUAUUCUCUCAGAUUUCUAGCUGAUUUAGUAAACUGUCAUGUUUUAUCAUGUGGAUCAUUGAUGCAAUUGUUUGAUAAUAUGCUGGAUGCUGCAAAUGAAGAUGGUGUACCACAAGUAAGACGUGACUGGUAUGUUUACGCUGUUCUAUCGACAUUGCCAUGGGUUGGGAGAGAAUUAUAUGAGAAAAAGGAACAAGAAUUGGAUCACUUAAUGGUCACAAUAGAAAUAUUUUUGAACAAACGAAGUAAGAAACAUCAGCCAGCGUUAAGAGUUUGGUCAAGUGAUACACCUCAUCCCCAAGAGGAGUAUCUAGAUUGCUUAUGGGCACAAGUUCGUAAGCUAAGACAAGACAAUUGGGCUGAGAAACAUAUUCCACGACCAUAUCUUGCGUUUGAUUCAAUUCUGUGUGAAGCAUUGCAACAUAAUUUGCCGCCUUUAAUGCCACCACCACAUCAUGAGUCUUAUUCCUAUCCAUUGCCUACUGUUGUUUUUCGUAUGUUUGAUUAUACUGAUUGUCCUGCUGAAGGACCAUUAUUACCAGGAAGCCAUGCUAUCGAGAGAUUCCUAAUAGAAGAGCAUUUGCGGCAGAUAAUUAAUAAUUAUUAUUUUGAAAGAAAAGAUUGUGCUGCACAACUAUUGAACUUCCCAUUCAAGGCCAAAAUUCCCUUAGAUUAUUGUAUAGUUGAAGUGAUAUUCAGUGAACUGUUCAGACUGCCUACUCCAAAACAUUUAGAGAUUUCUUAUGGCUCAAUUUUGAUAGAACUCUGCAAGUUGCAACCUUCAACUAUGCCACAGGUACUAGCGCAAGCCACAGAAAUUCUAUUUCGUCGUAUAGACAGUAUGGCAGCUACUGCUUUUGACCGUUUUGUCUGGUGGUUUGCUUAUCAUUUAAGUAACUUCCAGUUUCGUUGGUCAUGGGAAGAUUGGGAUUCCUGCUUGCAACGUGAUUCAGAACAUCCAAGACCAAAAUUUAUACGAGAAGUUUUGCUGAAAGCUUUGAGGUUAUCAUAUUAUCAAAGGAUUCGAGAUAUGAUGCCAGACACGUAUGUGGAUUUGAUUCCGGUAACUCCAGAUCCUGUAUACAAAUAUUCAUCUGAAGGUGCCAGUUCACUUCCUGGUACAGUUGCAGCACAUGAAUUGGUAGUUUCUAUAAGACGCAAAUGCACACCAGAAGAAGUAUUAAAUGUAUUAAAUACAUUGCCAGGCCCUAAAGAAAAUGAAGAGACGAAUAAUUACAAUCCUUUAAAGAUCGAUGUUUUUGUACAAACUUUACUGAAUCUCGGCUCGAAAAGUUUCAGUCACAGUUUUGCAGCUAUAGUUAAGUUUCAUUACGUUUUCAAGGUACUUGCUGAAACAGAAGAAGCACAAAUAUGUAUAUUAAGAAACAUGUAUGCAUUGUGGAAGAAUCAUUACCAAAUGAUGGUAGUAUUAACGGAUAAGUUUUUAAAAACCGGUAUUAUUGAGUGCAGUGCUAUCGCUAACUGGAUAUUUUCCAAAGAGAUGGCAUCAGAGUUCACAAAGUUGUAUAUUUGGGAAAUACUGCAUUUGACAAUACGUAAAAUGAAUAAACAUGUGACAAAAUUGAGUACAGAGUUAGCAGAGGCCAGGGAGAAAUUAAGAAGAGCGGAAAGUAGGUCAGGCUCGUCUUCGGAAGACGAAGACAAUAACAAGGAUAGAAAUAGGGAGAGGCCAUCUGAAGAUGUAGUAGAACGAAUGGAAGAGAAAUUGGAAGCUGCACAAGCGGAUCAGAAAAAUUUAUUUCUCAUCAUAUUUCAGCGGUUUAUAAUGAUUCUCUCGGAACAUUUAGUGCGCUGCGACACAGAUGGAAUUGACUACAAUACGCAUUGGUAUAAAUGGACUGUUGGGAGAUUACAACAAGUUUUCUUAUCCCAUCAAGAGCAAGUACAAAAAUACUCUUCAACAUUGGAAACUUUGCUUUUCACUCCAGAUUUGGAUCCUCAUAUUUUGGACGUAUUCCAUCAAUUCGUUUCUUUACGGGCGUAAACGUAUACUUAAAAAUACAUUUAUUUCUUUUAUGUGUUAUGCAUUAAGUAAAAAAUAAAUUAUAACAAUUUAAUUAUAUAAAUACUUCUGUUUGCAAUAUAAGAAAAAAAUAUGAUCUAAUUCAUAUUUCAGUUAGUUUAUAUUGCAGUUGACAAAAAUUGGUUUUAAGAAAUUGAUUUCUUAAUU